AUGGACGGCUUCGAUAAGAAAACACUCAAGACCUCUCGAGGCUACACAUACACCUACUAUACCUCUGCUGGCGACUCUUCGCUCCCAACUCUCCUCUUCCAACAUGGCUUUCCAGACCACGCUGCCAUGUGGCAACAAGUUGCAAGCGGGGUGAAGUCGCUCAACCACCCCAUUAUUAUCCCAGAUAUGCUUGGCUACGACGGAACCGACAAGCCCACGGAUCCCGCAGCAUACAAGUUCGAGCACAUGACCAAAGACAUUAUCGAGAUUCUCGAUGCCGAAGGCACGCAAAAAUGCAUUUCCAUUGGCCACGACUGGGGCUCGAUGUUUGCCUCGCGCCUAUACCAAUACUAUCCUGAGCGCGUCGUCGGCCUGGUAAACAUGUCUGUCCCGUACACACCAUUGAACCCCGCCCCCUACAAUCUCGAGGCGACCAACGACCUAACGGAGAAGCUUCUCGGAUACGCAAUGUUGAGCUACUGGUACGUUUUCGCAGCCCCAGACGGCAGCGCUAUCCUCGAACGCAAUCUCGACCUCACCUACGACAUCAUGCAUGUCAACGCCGACCUCAUGAAGACCAUGUUCUGCACACGAGGUGUCCUGCGCGACGUCCUAGAGGGCAAAACAAAGUACGACCUGACUCCCCGUCCAUUUGCGCAGGACCCCGCUCUCAAAAAGACGUUCGUCGACCGCAUGCGCCGCGACGGCUUCGAGGCCCCCACAUGCUGGUACAAAGCCAUGGUCAAAAACAUCCAGUCCGAGAGCGACGCCCAGAUUCCCCAGGAACGACAAAAAGUCACCGUCCCCACGCUGUAUUUUGGCGGCACAGAAGAUGCCGUCUGCAGACAGGAAAUGAUGCACGGUGCUAUCCAGGCUGGGUGGCUGCCGCACCUGGAGAACGCGGGCUUGAUUGAGGCGGGGCACUGGUUGCCGUAUGAGACGCCGAACGAGGUCAUUGGCAAGUUGGAGCCGUGGCUGAAGAAGAAUUUUGCAAAGUGA